GGAAGGGGCGGGUCGGAGGUUGCGCCCGAUGUGGGGCGUGGGAAGCGGGGGAAUAGGAAGAAGGGAGUCUUGGAGUCGGACUCCCAAGUCCGCAGCGGACCGUGAAGAUAACCUCCUGCUGUGGAGCAGCCUGAAGUUCAGAGCGAGCCGGUGACCGACUCGAGGGCUUGCCUGCAGAAUGGUGGAAGCGCGCUGCUCGGGCGCAGCCCCCCCGACUCUCAGCUCCUGGUUCCCUGAGGAUGUCGGCCGGGGCCGAGAAGGCGUGGCCCCUGGGCUCGGGAAGGUCCUCAGGGAGAAAACCGGGGCCCGGGGCCCUGGAGGGGGCGGGGACUCGGAGACGAACGGGAAGACGAGAAAUAGAAACGAGGAUGUGCUCCUUCUCCGGCCGAGCGCGCUCUGUCCUCGGAGCCUUGGCUCUUGCUACUCUCUUAUCCUGGCGUGCUCACCAGCUCCAGUCUGCUCGUGGGGGACCCCCGAGACGACUUCUCUGGGGUCUCAUAUCAUUCCAUCUGUCCUUUAAUUAGUGUGAUUUAUCAAAGCCCUUCUCUCACCACCUGACAUACGAACCCAGGGAUUCCUAACUCGGACUGCGAUCCAGGAGUGGGCUUCAGGAAGUCUGUGAGCCUCCUGUAAUGUCAUGUGAAAUUUAGUGGGGGUGUGUACCCUCUGAACAUUUAUCUGGGAAGAAAUUCGGGGUGGCUCUCUCUAGAGCGACGGUUUGUACGUUUUUUGUUUUUUAGUUUUUGACUGUGGAUCCCUUUGACAAUUUGCAUUGUUUCAGAAAGUAGUAUCUAGAGCUUGCCGAAAUUCCGGAAAGAUUAGAUAACCACUUGCAUUUUUAAAUACUUUCUUCAGGGCAACCUCCCAAGACCCCUGAGUAGGAACAGAGACCAGUGACUUGUUCAGAGACACCUACUUUGGGCUUACCAGAAAACAAACCAGUUUGGAGGAAUCUUUCUAGACUUGGUCCUUUCUUCAGUGCUUUGCAUUUUCAGGAAGAAUGGAGUGUGGAUCGCUUGGAUGGACCAAAGACAUGUAAUUCCUUCUGUUGCAUGGCAGGAAGGGUGGGUAAACUUAGGGAGAGCGAAGACAACACGUUAAUCAGGAGCCUUCCUCAUUUCGCAGAACCUGUCCUCAGUAAGAAUGUCGGAUAGGGUUGACUGGUUACAAAGCCAAAAUGGAGUAUGCAAAGUUGAUGUCUAUUCACCUGGAGACAGCCAACCCCAAGACUGGAAAACGGAAGCCUCAACUGACCCUAUCAGGGUGCUCAGCUGGCUCCGCAGAGACCUGGAAAGAAGCACAGCAGGCUUCCAGGAUGCCAGGUUCAAGCCCAGAGAGUCAUCCGUCGGGGGGGAGGCGGCCAGCUCGGGAGACCCGAGCAAAGGCCUCUGUGUGGACUAUUACAACACUGCCACCACGGGCGGCAGUCCCGGGAGACUGCAUUUCGAGGUGACUCACAGGGAGAACCCCUACCCCGGCCCCAGCUCCCAGGCCGGUACUGGGAGCUCGGUGGACGAAGUUUCCUUCUACGCCAACCGCCUCACGAAUCUCGUCAUAGCCAUGGCCCGCAAGGAGAUCCACGAGCGGAUCGACGGCGCCGAGAACACGUGUGUCCAUCAGUCCGUGUACCUGGGGGACCAGCCCGUGCCCAACAAAAGUCUCAGUAAGGUGGCAUCGGAGCUGGUAGACGAGACUGUCUCCUCGUGCUCCAAAGCUGCCGCGUCCGACAGGGCCCCGGGGUCCGGUGACAGGGCCGCGGGGUCACUGCAGAGCGGCCCGAACCUGAAAUACAAAAGCAGUCUGAAGGGCAAGGAGAGCGCCAAGGGGGGCAGGGGCCCCGACGACAGGCCCCCUUCCAGCAGGUCCUUCUUCUACAAGGAGGUGUUUGAGUCUCGCAACGCGGGCGACGCCAGGGAGGGCGGGUGGGCCUUGCCUGCGGAGAGGAGGCUGCUCAGUGGGCAGGAGAGGCCCGACAACUUCACGGCGUCUGUCAGCCAAGGGAUCAUGACCUACGCUAACAGCGUGGUGUCGGACAUGAUGGUCUCCAUCAUGAAGACCCUGCGGAUCCAGGUGAAGGACACCACCAUCGCCACCAUCCUACUGAAGAAGGUCCUGAUCAAGCACGCGAAGGAGGUGGUCUCAGACCUCAUCGACUCCUUCAUGAGGAACCUCCACAAUGUCACGGGCACCCUCAUGACUGACACAGAAUUUGUCUCGGCGGUGAAGAGGAGUAUCUUCUCUCACGGAAGCCAGAAGGCCACAGACAUCAUGGACGCCAUGCUGGGUAAGCUCUACACGGUGAUAUUUGCCAGGAAACCUCCCGAGACUGUCAGGAAAAGCCAGGACAAGUCCGAGAGCUACUCCCUCGUCUCCACGAAGGGAGUGGGCGAUCCUAAAAGCCGAAGCGUCAACUUUGCAUCAGUGAGAUCGGAAGGUAAACUGAGGGAAAAAGCAUGCUCUGCUGCGCCCGAACCAGAGAAAAAGACUUGUGCCGAAACUCUGGGCGAACACAUCAUCAAAGAGGGGCUGACCAAGUGGCACAAAAGUCAGCAGAAGGAAGGAAAAUCCCCAGGUUUCCAACGUGCACCAUUCGCAGCUCCCAACAAACAGUAUAAGCCUGCACCGGACAUUCCCCUGGGAUUUCCUUUCGACCCUUGCAACCUCAGCCCCCCGAUGCAUCACCCAGAGAAACCUGAGAAUUUUAUGAAUGAUUCAGACUCCUGGGCCAAGGACCUGAUUGUCUCUGCCUUACUUCUGAUCCAGUACCACCUGGCCCAGGGGGGGAGCAUGGAUGCGCAGAGCUUCCUUGAAGCCGCUGGCACCACCCACCUGCAGGCCAACAAGUCCCCCGUAGUUUCGGAUGAGUGCAGCCUGAAGUGUCCCCCCCUGGGGGCUGACCAAGAAGCAGCAGAAAAGAAGGAUCUAAUGAGCGUUUUCUUCAACUUCAUCCGGAACUUACUUGGGGAGACCAUUUUCAAAAGCGACCGGAGCUCUGACCCCAGGUCAACUAAGGAAGAAGACAGCCCCCAGCAUGAAGAGCCGGCAACCCCUUCUCCCAUCAGACUAGGCGAGGGCGGCGAGUCUCGGGGUCCUUUGGCCGGGCGGACCAAGGUGGUUGCCAGCCAGCUAGAUGGCCACAUGACGGGUCGGAUGGUAGAGCACCUGAUGGAUUCGGUGGUGAAGCUGUGUCUCAUCAUUGCCCAGUCCUGUGACUCCUCGCUGGCGGAGCUGGGAGGCGACAAGCCUGGGGACGCCAGCAGGCCAGCGUCAGCCUUCCAAGACACUUUAUACGAGUGUUUGCCCAGCAAGGGCACGGGCACAGCGGAGACCUUCUUGCAGAAUGCCUAUCAAGCUAUCCAUAGUGAACUGCGAGGGGUAUCAGGACAGCCCCCCGAAGGGGGUGCGGCCCCCAAAGUGAUCGUCAGCAAUCAGAACCUAAUGGAUACGGUUCAGAACAAGCAGCUCCAAGCCGUACUUCAAUGGGUAGCCGCCUCUGAGCUCAAUGUCCCUAUUUUAUACUUUGCUGGUGACGAUGAAGGAAUCCAGCAGAAGAUUACCAACGUAAAGAUAAAGACCGUCACCUAUUUUCUUAAAGGAAAAGAGUGAAAAGGAUGGGCAGUAACACACCCAGCCUUCAGCUCACGAGUAGGUUUGCACAGAGCAUCCGUGUAUUUUUAAGAACAGUUAGAUGAAGUAUACAUCAAAGAAACUACCUAAAAGUGAGUGGAGUUGGUUUUUUUUUUUUUUUUUUGGAAAGAGGUUGAUAAUGUGUGCAGAUAUUUUCGUGCAGAUGCAGGUGGCUGAUCCUGGUAACACUGGGAUGCCCAUGAGCCCAAUUCCUUUAAAUACAUGUGUAUCCGUUUUUGAAUAGGGACUGUGUGCAUAAUUCAAAAUCCAAGGCACAAAAAAAGAUACACAUUGAAAAUUAAGGGCUUUUCCCCAUCUUGAUCUCCUGUCCCAUUGCCCUCCCUGGAGAAAGCAUUUGCUGAGCAUAGAAUUCUGGUUUGACAGUUCUUUUCUUUUAGUGCUUAAAGAAAUGUUGUUGCACCUCCUCUGUGCUGUGUGGUUUCUGAUGAGAAAUCUGCUGUCAUUCAAACUGUUGUUCCCUUACAAUGUGACAUUUUUCACUGGUUGGUUGUAGUUUUUUUCUUUUUCUUUAGUUUUCAGCAAUUUCAUUAUUACAGGUCUUGAAGUGAAUUUCUUUCGCUUCAUCUUAUUUCAGGUUCACUGAGCUUCUUGACUUUGUCAGUUACGCCUUUUGGCAAACUGGGGAAGUUUUCAUCCAUUGUUUCCUCAGGUAUGUUUUCUGCACCACCCUUUUUCUCUCCUUCUGGGAUUCUAAUGACAUGCAUAUAAAACCUUUUGGUAUUGUCACACAGGCCCUGAGCUCUGUUAAUUGUCUCAAUCUGUUUGAAAGAGGUUUGACCACUCUCUUCCGUUGUUCCAUGUGGUCCGUUUCUAUUGCUCUGUCAAUUUCCAUUUGGUCCUUCUUUGUAUCUUCUCUUUGCUGAGGCUGUCUUUCCAUUUGUUGUAAGAGUAUCCGUAUGUACUUCCGUCUCUCCUAUGGAAUUUCCCCUGGAAAAGCUCCUGCUGUUUGGCUUGUUUAUUUGCCCUUUGACUUUUUCGGAGAGUCAGGCACAGAAUGCACGAAAUAAAAAUCUGGUCAGUUUGUUGCCAUAAGGAUUCCAGAUGGAUGGCAAUGUACUGUGUUCACAUUAGAAUGGCUGCUUUGGCUAACUUUUCUCAUUUUGUGCUUGGAAAGAGAAUUAAACACAGGGUUCAGAAACCUGGGUGUGAACAUUCCUCUGCUGAUUUCCAGCCCUGUGCUGCUGGCAAGUCUCUCCACCUCUCUGAGCAGCAUGUUCACGGGGUUGAGUGGAUGUUUGAGUCGCCCUUUGCUCUGACGUUCCAGGGCUCCCCGUCUAUGGGGCAGGGAGAGCACCCACACUUGUCCGUUGGCUGUCUCUCUCCUGCCCUUAUUAGUCGUGGGACAGAGGUGGAGAGUGUUUUAUGAUAUUACAGUGAACUUAAGAACUUUGGAGUCCUUACAGGACAAGAACAACACUGACAAACAUCCAUUGAAACAUGAAGAUUUUAAUCUCAGGAGGAAACUAUAUUUUCCGUAUCACAGACAGGUGGAUGUCAUUUAAAUUAAGGACAACGUAACCAACUUUCUUCUGUCAAGCAGGUCAGCCAGCAUCACAGCUGUGGAAGUCUUUUCAGCGGCUAACUUGAGUCCUUCCUGCUGCAAGGACUCUCCGCUCCCCCUUGGCAGGCCCUUCCCACCCUCUGGGGAUGCUCGCCCCCCCCACCACCACCACGCUUCCUUUCCCCCUCAGCUCCUUCAGCUCUCAGCAGCCGCGGUGGACAAAGGGCGCAGCGUAGGGGAGGUGCUGCAGUCGGUGCUGCGCUAUGAGAAGGAGCGGCAGCUGGACGAGGCGGUGGGCAACGUCACCCGGCUGCAGCUGCUGGACUGGCUGA